GAGGAAAUUUUGGGAAGGGGCUUAGGCAGCCAAGGUCUCUUUGAUGGCGCUGGGAAGGGGGAAAAGGAAGAGAGGGGGCCGGACUGGAAUUGAUUAAGUUGGGAGGAGAAAAAGGAGAAGGCUGGGCGAAGCGCAGCUCAGCCCGGGGGCCCUCCUUUGAAACGGACUAAUUGGGGAGCGAAGACACAAAGGGACGCGAAAGGCGCUCGGAGAGACGCACAGCAAGGAAGUUUCCUGCUGGGUGAGUGGAGUUGCUCGCCUGGAUCUCCCAGGCGGAUCCCCCCUCUUCACCCCCCCCCCCGCAAAAAACCAACUCGGAAACUUUUGCCAGGACCCGUGUCCCCCGAGGGAGUGACAGAUCCCAGCUCGUCCUGGGGAGGAGACGAGGCGAUCGGGUGUCGGUGAGAACCGAGGGGGGAAGAGAGCCACCAUGCGCCUUGCCGACGCGUCCUUGGCUCGCUGCCUGGCGCCGCCGCCGCCGCUGUUGCUGCUGCUGCUGCUGGGCUCCUGCCGGGCCCAGUUCCAUGGGGAGAAGGGCAUUUCGAUCCCCGACCACGGCUUCUGCCAGCCGAUUUCCAUCCCUCUGUGCACCGACAUUGCCUACAACCAGACGAUCAUGCCUAACUUGCUGGGGCACACGAGCCAAGAGGACGCGGGUUUGGAGGUGCACCAGUUCUACCCGCUGGUGAAGGUGCAGUGCUCGCCGGAGCUCAAGUUUUUCCUGUGCUCCAUGUACGCGCCUGUGUGCACCGUCCUGGAGCAGGCUAUCCCGCCGUGCCGCUCCAUCUGCGAGCGGGCGCGCCAGGGCUGCGAGGCGCUCAUGAACAAGUUCGGCUUCCAGUGGCCCGAGCGGCUGCGCUGCGAGAACUUCCCACGCCACGGCGCGGAGCAGAUCUGCGUGGGGCAGAACCACUCGGAGGAAGGCGGCUCGCCCGCGCUGCUCACCAGCGCCACCCCGAUCGCCGGCCAAGGCACGGCGGGCCACCCCCGCUACGCCACCCUGGAGCACCCGUUCCACUGCCCGCGCGUACUCAAGGUGCCCAGCUACCUCAACUACAAGUUCCUGGGCGAGAAGGACUGUGCUGCGCCCUGCGAGCCAGCCAAGCCCGACGGGCACAUGUUCUUCAACCAGGAGGAGAUCCGCUUCGCGCGCAUAUGGAUCCUCAUCUGGUCGGUGCUGUGCUGCGCCUCCACCUUCUUCACCGUCACCACCUACCUGGUGGACAUGCAGCGCUUCCGCUACCCGGAGAGGCCCAUCAUCUUCCUGUCGGGCUGCUACACCAUGGUGUCCGUGGCUUACAUCGCCGGUUUCGUCCUAGAGGAGCGUGUGGUGUGCAACGAGCGCUUCCAGGACGACGGCUACCGCACGGUGGUGCAGGGCACCAAGAAGGAAGGCUGCACCAUCCUCUUCAUGAUGCUCUACUUCUUCAGCAUGGCCAGCUCCAUCUGGUGGGUCAUCCUCUCGCUCACCUGGUUCCUAGCAGCUGGCAUGAAGUGGGGCCACGAGGCCAUCGAGGCCAACUCUCAGUACUUCCACUUGGCCGCCUGGGCCGUGCCAGCCGUCAAGACCAUCACCAUCCUGGCCAUGGGACAGAUUGAUGGCGACCUGCUCAGCGGCGUGUGCUUCGUGGGCCUCAACAACAUUGAUCCCCUGCGUGGUUUCGUGCUGGCGCCACUCUUCGUCUACCUCUUCAUCGGCACCUCCUUCCUGCUGGCGGGCUUCGUGUCCCUCUUCCGCAUCCGGACCAUCAUGAAGCACGGAGGCACCAAGACGGAGAAGCUGGAGCGCCUCAUGGUGCGCAUCGGCGUCUUCAGUGUGCUCUACACCGUCCCGGCCACCAUUGUCAUCGCCUGCUACUUCUACGAGCAGGCCUUCCGCGAGCACUGGGAGCGCAGCUGGAUCAGCCAAAACUGCAAGAGCUUGGCCAUCCCCUGCCCGCUCCAGUACACCCCGCGCAUGAACCCCGACUUCACCGUCUACAUGAUCAAGUAUCUCAUGACGCUCAUCGUGGGCAUCACCUCGGGGUUCUGGAUCUGGUCGGGGAAAACCCUGCACUCCUGGAGGAAAUUCUAUACCCGGCUAACUAACAGCAAACACGGGGAGACGACCGUUUGAAAAGGGGGAUAUCGAGAGGUGGGGGAAGGAGAGACUUGGUUUGCCAGCCCCAAACUUUGAAACAAUUAUGAAAUAAAACGGGGGGGCCCACCCCGGAAGUGCUCUGUGGGGGGUAUGGUUUUGUUUUGUUUUUUGCAGGGAGGGGGAGCCUCUCUCUGGAAUUUGGGAAGUCCUGUUGCACAGCGCCGAGACCUUCCUUUUGACAAUCUCGAGAGAAAACACGGAGGCACAGGAGGAAAAGAACGAGGGAGAGAGACCGAAGUAUUUAAAACUGUCUCCUUUUAAUUAAAACUUUUUUUUGCUUUAGGUUUUUAUUAACUAUUAAAGGGUGUCUUUUGUAAUUAAAAUUGUAAAUAGCAUUUGUAAAUUUAAUUAUAUAUUUCUAUUUAAAAAAAAAAGAGCGAGAGAGAAUGCCAGCAAGGACCCAGAAACAUAGGGAGAGGGUAAAAGAAAGGAAAUGAGCACCCAUAUUCUUCUCCCCCCCCCUUCUUUGGGUACUAUAUAUAUUUUUUCCCCUUUGCCAUACCAUCAUCACCCCUCCUUCUCCAUGGAGCCAUGAGGACUGCCUGCUGUUUGGGUUGGCCCCUUAAUAGGACAUUCUCGCUUAAACUUUUCUGAAGAGCCAGGCUUGGAAUUGCUCCCCCACCCCCUGCAAAAACACAUCGCCCACCAACUCCCCUUUGGAGACUACAGUUUUUUUGGUACUGUUCCAGGAAGACUUCUCCCAUCUCUCUCAUUUUUUCUUCUCCGCUUCUGAAGGUUUGCAAGUAACUUUCUGCAUCUAUGAAAACACAGUGCUGUUGGGGGUGGGAUGUGAGUCUUCUCUCCUUUGCUGAAAAUUGGGCCCUGGCUGUGCGCAUCUCCUCAUGGUGAUUUCUGCUAAAGAAAGAAAUCUGCUGCAAGAAAAGGGUCCCCCUCUCCCUCCUGCCUCAAGCUGCAGAGUUUUUUUUUUCUGUUGCAUUUGUACAUUUCUAUUCCCCCCACUCCCUUUAGAUGUUUUGUACAAAAGGUGUCUUUUUAAAACUACAUUUCCUGUAUUAAACAGACUUGUUCUUUGCAAAUUCAGUUUUGAGUUUUUUUCAGAAAUGGCAGCAGCUUCAAAAGCAAUCUGUUGGCGAGAUGACCCUCAGUCAAAUUCUAUAAAGCAGUUAAAUGCUACAAUGCAUACUUCACAGACCAGCAAACAAUGCCUGCUUGCCAAAGGGAUGAAUCUAUUUUUUUUCUUAAAGAAAGAACCUUUUUAGAAAGGGACACUGGAAAGUGCUUGAUGACAUUUUAUAAAGUUUUCAAGGAGAAUCCCCAUAUAUAUAUAUAUAUAUAUAUAUAUAUAUAUAUAUAUAUAUAUACACAAGGCAUUUAUUUAACUUUUGAGAACUUGUACCUUACGUUACCAGAAAUUCUUUCCCCUGCUCCUUGAAAAAAAAUAUGGCUCAAUUUUGUGCCUUUUUUGUGCUACUCCUUCUCCCUUGCCAGCUUUCAAAAAAUUUCAAAAAUAUUUGGACAGGUUCUUAAGUGACAUUAUGAGGAAGUAUCAGGUUUGUGUUUUUUGUUCAGUAAGAGUGGUGUGUCUGGUGGAAAUGUUGUCGUAUUCACGGCAUUAACUAAUUUGUUUGGAAGUAAGUUCCGCUGAUUUUUUUUUGAUAGAAUGGAUUUCCAAAAAUGUUUGUGAGACCACAGUCCAAGGCUUCCACUGAAAUCUAUGUGCGUUGAUUCACGUGUUAGAAUUUGUAAUCAAACAGCACUUUCUAGGGAAACAAAGGAUGACCAUGUGCAGAUAAUCAUAUGUGACAAUUGCCUACACAUGCAUUUUGCUGAAUGUUAUGUAACCUCUUGAAAGAUUUAAUUGCCACCUCAUUGUUCUCUUUCCCGCUCCAAGUAAAUCUGUUAGGGGUUUUGGUGCCCUUUGUCAUAACAGUGAAAAUAUACAUAUAACAGCAGCCCAAUCCUAUAGCGUUUUGCUCAGAAAUAAGUCGCACUAAGUUCAGGGGUUUUUACACUGAAGUAAACUGCAGCCUAAAUUUCAGUUAUCUCAAGCGGAAAAUUAAUUCCUGUAUUUAAAAAACAGUUAACGUCUUUUUUAAAAGCUUCUAAUGAAUUACUUAAAUGUCUUUGCCUCCCACCAACCAUUAUCCCUCUUUUAAAUUUCUAAAUGGAAUUCUGAAUUUUGGCAACAAUCAAAAUUCAGCCCUAGCUACACACAUAUACACAAAAGGUCAUUUUUAUAUUUAAAGUAAGCUUCUAAAUUUUUUUUAUAGAAGUCACUCUGAUCCUAACCAGAAAUCAGCUAGAAAAUUCCACCCAUGCUUGUGAGAUGAUAACACCUCUAGUAAUAUAUCUCUUUAAAGCAGAAGCAGUACACUGAAGAGUAAAACUUGGAAGUGGGGGGGGGCAUGAAAUAAAACUUCCCACCUUCAAUUCAGUUUUAUUUCUCAGCUUUUUGUGGUAGAAUUGUGACUCUGAGAGAGAACGCGGGUUGUUGCUGUUUCCUUACUUGUGUCACUUAGUUGGUUUUUCAAAAGGUAAUGGAUAGAAAUAAAUAGUUUUGCAUUUU